AUGUCGUCGCAAGACCCUUCACCCGCCCGCACAAGCGAGCAGACCCCGCUGCUCUCACGAACCGAUAGCAAUACUGAAUAUGAAGCCAAUGGCCACAUCGAAGAAGAUCGAGCUUCCACAUCGUCCCCCAAGAAGCGAAGGACACAAUGGCCUGUCAUCGCUGCCAUAGGUCUCCUUUCUGUCUUCAUGGUCCUGGCACUGAUCUUUGGCUUUGCCACGCCAUCUGCGGUCGAGCAGUAUGUGAAAGAGGCAGUGCAGUUUGAGGCGGAUAACAUCAGUAUCGAAAACUUUACAAACACUGGCAUACAGGCACGAGUGCAGGCUACCGUAUGGCUCGACGCAAGCAAGGUUCGCAGGAAGUCAACAAGAGAUCUGGGGCGCUUUGCCACAUACAUAGCGAAAGAGGUCGAGAGUGGUGAAACCCAGGUAAAGGUAUACCUACCUGGAUACGACAAUGCUCUGUUAGGAACUGCGCGAAUACCAGGCGUAAAGAUGAAUAUCAGGAAUGGUCACUAUAAUUGGAUCGAUAUCGUUACUGACCUAGACCCUGGUGAUCCAGCAGGUAUUCAAAGACUGGCGCGUGACUUUAUGGAUCACAAAUUGAACAAGGUGGACGUGAAGGCUAUAGUAGACGUGCCGGUCAAGACUGGUCUGAUAUCUAUGAAUCAGCAAGUAACUCAGUACAUGUCGUUGGAAACAUCAGAUGUGCCCGACACACCAAAACCCGAGCUCCAGAGUUUAAGAGUUGCUGAAUACCAUGGACGAGAAGGAACACCAGGUGGAAUCAAAGCAUGGGCCAAACUGUCCGUGAAGAAUGAAUAUCCUGUUCGACUUACUGUGCCUCCCACCACCUUCGACGUAUUGUUGGCAGAUUGUGAAGAUGACUACCUGCACUUUGCCACUACGACAAAUGAGAAGAUUGAGAUUAUCCCAAAGCACAACAUAUCAGUGGCUGCUGAAGGGCUGAUGACAAGACUACCGACUUCAUUAACCACUGCUUGUCCAGGCUCGAGCAAGUCACCACUUGAUACAUUCAUUGCAAGCUAUAUGCGAGGACAAGAUGCUACAGUCUACAUCCGAGGUGGAAAGCAAGGACCUGAAACACCAGAGUGGAUUGGCAAGCUCUUGCGCGACACAAUCAUACCUGUACCACUUCCAGCCCGACCUUUCGACGACAUGAUCAAGAAUUUCACCUUAUCCGAUGUGCACUUCAGCCUCCCCGAGAGCCCUACAGGACGACCAGUGCUAAGUGCAACUGUGGGUGUACUUGUUGCCUUGCCAAAGGACAUGAACUUUGAUGUUGACGUAAGUCGUGUGAGAGCCGAUGGUGCUAUCUACUACGAAGGCGAAGAAAUGGGCAAGCUAGAUCUGUCAACGUGGCAAGAAUCUCGAUCUCACAAGCAGGGUGGAGAUUUGUUGGUCGAAAGCAAAGUCAUCGAUGCACCACUAGUAAUUACAAAUGAGGACGUCUUUGCCAAGGUUGUCCAAAAAAUGGCUAUCAAGCACGAGAGCGUGGCUAUGGGCGUGCAAGCAGUGGUGGAUGUAGAUGCAACCACUGCUUUGGGUUCGUUCGUGGUUUCUGGAAUCCCGUCCAAGGGCAAGAUUCUUGUUGAUCCUCCGAAAACUGGUGGCUUCACGCACGAGGUUGGCAAAAUCAGCGUUGUCGACACUACUCCAAAUAAGUUGACCAUGAAAGCUGAAGUGACCAUCACCAAUCCAACGGACUACUAUGCCAACAUGCCACGUGUUGAUGCAGCAUUGUUCGUGAAUGGGACAAGAAUGGGAACUGCUUAUGGUGGCGGGAACAUCGUGCCAGGCAAGAAUGACAUUGUCAGCUAUGUGGAGUGGGAGAAGACUGCUGUAGGAGCUGAGUUUCUCAGUCAGUUCAUCAGUGGGUACAAUGUUAGCUUGACCAUCAAGCCUAUGAAAUUGCCAGGCCUGCCGGAAAUACCCAUGAAUAUCACGGUCGAGGUUCCACAUAUGUUCGGAAAGUUCUUGAAAGACACAACGAUUCAUAUCCUUUCACAAACAGCAACGUUCGUCCUCUUCGCACCCAUUGCUAUGUGGGUUACCUCGAUACACUCAACUGCAUACUACAACGGCAGCGACAUUGGUAACAUCAACUGGGAGUAUCCGUUCGCAGUCAAGCCAGGAGACAACCUGACACCACGACUGCCGCUCGACUGGAACACACCUGGGUCUGGGCUCAUUAGGGAUGCGCUCGGUGGAAAUUUGAAGAUCACAGCACUGGCUGAUAUUGGAGUAAGAAUCGGACAAUGGAGGCAGGACAUUUGGUACGAAGCUAGGGACACGGGAGCACAUAUCAGACUGUAA